AUGUCAUGGACAGUUAUAAAACCUGAAAAUAUUCUAUUAGAAAAUCAACCAUCUAAUAAUGAUAUUCAAUCGUCUAAUUUUAUUCAUGAUAAUACUCAAUCAUCUAAUUUUAUUCAUAAUGAUACUCAAUCAUCUAAUUUUAUUUAUGAUAAUACUCAAUCAUCUAGUUUUAUUCAUGAUAAUACUCAAUUGACUAAUCUUAUUUACAGUAAUACUCAAUUAUUUUCUAUUCAUGAUGAUACUCAAUCAUCUAAUUCUACUUAUGAUGAUAUUCAACUAUCUAAUAUUACUUAUGCAUUUGAGUCUUCAAAUCAUAAUAAUUACAACAAUGUAAUUGUAAUUAGUAAUGAUGAGGAAAAUGAUUCUGAAUAUAAUUCUAAUUGA